AUGGAAUAUGAAGCAACCCAGCUGGAAAAGAAACAUGUUCAUAGCGUGUAUGAAAGCACCGCUCCAUACUUCAAUGAAAUACAAAGCAAGGCCUGGCCUAAAGUCCGCCAGUUUCUUCUGGAGCAAAAGCCUGGCAGUCUCAUUGUGGACAUAGGUUGUGGAACAGGAAAAUAUCUCAGUGUUAACAGUGAGAUCUACAAUUUAGGCUGUGAUUAUUGUGAGCCUCUAGUUGAGAUUGCAAAAAAUAACCAAUUGGAAGUCAUGGUUUGCGAUAAUUUGAACUUGCCGUUUAGAGACCAAUGUUUUGACACUGUUAUCUCUAUUGGAGUGAUUCAUCAUUUUUCCACUAAGCAAAGAAGAAUCAGAGCAAUAAAUGAAAUGGCUAGAAUUUUACUUCCUGGGGGUCAGAUUAUGCUGUAUGUUUGGGCAAUGGAACAAAAAAAUCGUCGCUUUGAAAAGCAAGAUGUAUUUGUGCCAUGGAACAAAGCAUUGCUGUCUCGUCGUCCUUCUGACAACAACCAUUUGGAAAGUAAAAUGAAUCCUGACUAUAAUACUAAGCUGCAGAAUAUAAGCCCAAAACAGGCAUCAAGAGCUGAAACCAUUCACAUAAAUAACUUCAGACAGAGUAUGGAGUCUAAGCAAUCCAAUAAUACAUGCAAUAUCAUACCUACUGAAAACUGCUGCAUCCAGAUUCCAAAUGAGGACAAUAGGCUUUAUAAUGCCAUAGGCAGAUCUAUUCGUUCAUGGUUUUUUUCUCGAUCUCUUGAUGAAUCCUCUUUAAAAAGACAGAUUGAGAAAAUGAAGUCUUUAAAUCCAGUUGAUGGGUGGAUGAAGAGCACUGUGUCUGUUCAGCCUUCUCGCCAUUGUAGUUUGGAUCUUGGACAUCAAAGACUUUUGUUAAAGGAUCCCAGUUUAGAUGAUGACGACGUAUUUAUUAAAAGCGAUUCAAAUAAAAAGGAUCAAUGGUUUUUCGCCCUUAAUUCUUCACAAAAUGAAAAUGGAAGGUUUCAUAGGAUUGUUCAAAAUGACUCGAAAGAAGCUUCGUAUCAUUCAAUUGCUAAUUAUAGCAGUUGUAUAUAUAACAAUGAAACUGAUAAAUCUACAAAUGGAAAAGUCUUACAAAGAACUUCAACAACAGAAUCAAAUGAUUCUAUUUUGGAUGAAACAGUAGCAGUCGGUGACACUGAGACUGACAUUCUUGACACUAAUGCAUACAUGCGAUAUUACCACGUAUUCCGUGACGGAGAACUUUGCAACAUUUUAGAAACGGAAGUUCCAGAACUUAAAAUAAUAAGUUCCUGUUAUGACCAUGGCAACUGGUGCAUAAUUGCAGAAAAGUUAUAACAAAUCACAGACAUUUAUAAAUAAUGGAAUUUAAGUUACCUUCUUUAUAUUUUGUAACUGUUGUGAUAAACUUUUUAUUUAUUUUUUAUUUUGAUUGUAAUGUGUUGCACUUUUUGUCUAAAAAAUACUUGAAAAUUAGAAAACUUUAA